AACGAUAAUUCCCACAGUACAACAACAUUCCCGUUGGUACGACGUCUUCGCCUGGAAAUUCCUUGGCGACGCAAUGUUUACAAACAACGGCAUACCGCUGUGACGGAAGAAGAACUGUUGUCGUGCAGUGUGUAUCAAGGGGCACAAGAUGGCCUGGGCAAGUGUGGGACGGUACCAGUGGCUCAGUGGAGCUUCCCUGAUGUUGCUGCUUGCAGACCUCGUACUGAAUGCCAUCUUUCUUGUCUUUGCACACAGCACUCUCCUAACGCUGUUGAUUUACAGAAUCCAGGAUGUGUGCCUUGUGUUUUCUCUCAUUCUGCUCUUCCUGGCCCUGUUUUCAACCACUCUCUCUCAGGCUGGUCUUAUUGGCGAACUCUUUCAAAAAUUUCGCUGGUGUAUCAUAGCAGCCAUACUGUACCUUGGUCUCUCCUUGGGUUUUCACUCGUGGUCCCUCAAGCAGCAAUGGCAGGAACCUGAGAAAUACAUCUGGGCUCAUGGAAUGGUUGCUCUCUUCACACUUCAGCGAGUCGCUGGUGGAAUCCAUUAUUACCUCUACAAGAGAACAAUCUUGCAACUAUCUGAUAAGAACUUCUAUGCUCAGUUACCAGUUGGCAGCAGUAAAUAAAUAUAACCUCUUUCUCAGUGAAGAAAUAUUUAUUUUUUCUUCUAAUUAAGAAAUAUUGUGUUAAUAUAUACU